AUGCAGAAUUCUAAAACUGAUGAAGGUAAGCUUUCGAAGACCUCAAGUUUUGUCCAAUAUGACUAUACAAGAUCUAAUUCUACACACAACGAUCACUCGAAUAACAAUAUAGAUUCUACUGCCUCUGCUUCUAAUACUAGAGGUAGUGGUGGUGUUUGGCAUUCUUUUAAAGAUUCUUUUAAACCCGCUGAAGUUAAAGAAGGUUUAACGACUACAGAACUUGGUAGCGAUGAGAGUUUAAACGAUGUUCAGAGAGCAGCUCAUAGAUCUGCAAAUUCACAGUUAUCUCGUAAGUUAAAAACCAGACACUUACAAAUGAUCGCCAUUGGUUCUUCUAUCGGUACUGGGUUAUUUGUUGGGUCUGGAACUGCUCUUAAUACUGGAGGUCCAGCUGGUCUCUUAAUAGCAUGGGUAAUAAUUUCAACUGGUGUCUUUGCAACCAUGCAAGGGUUAGGUGAAUUAGCUGUAACAUUCCCAGUAAGUGGUGGAUUCAAUUUAUACGCAACAAGGUUUAUUGAACCAGCUGUUGGGUUCGCUGUUGGUUGGAACUACUUCAUGCAGUUUUUGGUCUUAUUACCAUUAGAAUUAGUUGCAGCUUCAAUUACUAUCAAGUAUUGGAAUACCGAGUUGAAUUCUGAUAUAUUUGUUGCAGUAUUUUGGUUGGCAGUCUUAUUCAUUACAUUGUUAGGUGUCAGAGGAUACGGUGAAGCUGAAUUUGUGUUUUCCUUGAUUAAAGUUAUCGCUGUCAUUGGGUUUAUUAUACUAAGUAUUGUGUUGAUCUGUGGAGGUGGUCCUUCACAUGAAUUCAUUGGUGGAAAAUACUGGAGGAGUCCAGGUCCAUUUGCCAAUGGAUUUAAAGGUGUUUGUUCAGUCUUCGUCACUGCAGCAUUUUCUUUUGGUGGUACUGAAAUGGUGGGCUUAACUGCGCUGGAAUCUGAAAACCCAAGAAAGUCAUUACCAAAGGCAAUCAAGGCAACAUUCUGGAGAAUUUGUAUCUUUUAUUUAGUUUCUUUGACAAUGGUUGCAUGUUUAGUUGCUUGGGACGACGAAAGAUUGUUAGGAGCUUCCAGUGUUGAUGCAGCUGCUUCUCCAUUUGUGAUUGCAGUUGUCAAUGGUGGUAUCAAAGGUCUCCCGCUGGUCAUCAAUGCAGUAAUUUUAAUCGCAGUAUUGUCUGUUGGAAAUGCAUCAGUUUAUGCCACUUCUAGGUCCUUGAACUCUUUAGCUGAACAAGGAAUGGCUCCUAAAUGGGCUGGAUAUGUCGAUAGAGCAGGAAGACCAUUAGUUGCCAUAUUGCUUACCAAUAUUUUCGGAUUAUUUGCAUUCAUUGCAGCAUCAGAUAAACAAGUCGAAGCCUUCGAUUGGUUAUUAGCAUUAUCAGGUUUGUCAUCAUUAUUCACAUGGAUUUCUAUAAAUUUCAGUCAUAUCAGAUUCAGAAGAGCAAUGAGAUACCAAAAUAGGUCUACGAAUGAGCUUGCAUUUAUCUCUCAAGGUGGAGUUUACGGGUCAUGGUACGCAUUAACUCUCAAUGUGCUUGUUUUAAUUGCUCAAUUUUGGAUUGGGUUGUUCCCAAUUGGAGCAAAGCCAAGCGCAUAUGAGUUCUUCUUAGCUUAUUUGGGCUUACCAACAAUCCUUGUAUCUUGGUUAGGUUACAAACUUUGGAGUAGAGAUUGGAAAAUGAUUAUCAGAGCCAAGGAUAUUGAUAUCGAUACAGGAAGAAUAAAUAUCGAUCUUGACGUUCUCCAACAGGAAUUAGCCGAAGAAAGAGCAGAAAUAGCAUCAAAAUCUUUCCUUAUAAGGUGUUACAAAGUUUGGUGCUAA